GUCCUCAUUCUUUCCGCGCCGUCUCGCGCAGGCGUCGGUGCCUGGCGUCCGCCAGCCGGUGGGGCCCUUGAGCGUUACGGCGUCGCAAAAUAGCCGGCGGGGGGCGGGGCGGGUCCUUUCGGCCGAGCCGUCGCAGCCGGUGCCCGCCCCGGCCCACCAUGUACUACAAGUUCAGCGGCUUCACACAGCGCCUCGUCGGGGUCACGGCGGCCGCCGCCUACGCUCCACAGGGACUCAAAUCAUUAGCUCCCACUGAAUCCCCACAUCCGAUUUUUGGGACAAGUAAACCUGCUCCAGGUUUACCAGCAACUGAACCUUUCUUGGGUACAAACAAGGUGCCAGACCUACAGAAACUUUUUCAGAGAUCAGAUGGGCUGCCAAUACACCUGAAGCGAGGAUAUCCAGAUAGGAUGCUCUAUCGGACCACGAUGGCUCUGACAAUAGGAGGGACUAUCUACUGUCUGGUAGCACUGUACAUUGCUUCACAACCAAAAAACCAAAAAUAAAGGAACCACACCUCACGGGACUUUCAGCACUCCUCUGAAGGAUCGCCUGCAUGUACCACUUUGCACUUAAACCCUGUGGUCACAUAGGGUUCAUUAUUCAGAUCAGAUUUCUUGGAGAAAAUGUUUUUAAAUCGGUUGCCUUAUGUAUUCUGAAACAACAAUAUAAACAGAGAAAUAUAUUAUUUUAGCAUAUGGUUGUAGCUUUUCUUGUCUUGCAAGUUUAUUAACAGUUGAAGAAAGUUAAGCUUUUCCUUCCAUCCCUCCCCCAAUUUCAACAGUGUUAGAGACAGGACAGGAGAAAUAAUUUGUGAGCUAUGCACCACAUUCCUUAGUGGAAGGAUGCUACUAGUUUCCAAAACACUAAAAGCAAAUAAUUUAAUUAUUCUGGCAUACUGGGAACCUGUUUCUUUCCCAUACAGGUCAUUUUACAUAAGCAGCUGGCAAUGGAACUUUUCCAAAUGCUGGUAUAUUAGUAAAUAAUACACCACAUCUGGUGAUAAGACAAAGGGCUUGUCUUCCUGGAGCAUUUAAAGUGGAUUUAUUCCAUAACUGUAGCAUCACUGUAUGCAGCAGAGUGCACCAUUAUUGUAGCAUCAGUUACACCAGCUUUUGGACUUUCCUUGUCAAAUUGUAUUACCAUGCAAUAAAGAGAGUGACAU